ACAGUCAACCUCUGGACAUCCACCUGUGAGGACGGAGGUGUUCGACCCCACGACAUCCGGUGCGGUGACAUGAACGGUGUUUAAGGAACUCGUGUGCCCCCGUUUUAAUUCAAUUUCCUUCUUCCACUAGAACAUUGCGAUCAAUUCAUGUAACGCGUAUAAUUGUAUUGUCAAACAGACCGAGAAAACGAUUCAAGUUCACAGUGUUAAAAAAUGGUCUUCCUCAUGAUGUCCAGGUACCUCGGUCUGAUUCUGCUCGUUAUUACAACAUGCGCCCACGGAGCCAAAAAAUGCGAGGGAAAUGGUUUGGGCUUGAAAUAUGUAUGGGGCGAUGCGCUCACGGAUCCAGCCGAUUGUAUAGGUCCAAAUAACGUGCAGUACCCGUCAGCCGCAAUAUCGAGAAGUUACAAGAAUCUUUGGACGAACAGCCGAAUUGCGAGAUCUCACCAGGCACGAACGAUCGAUCCUGAAUUAACGAGGCAGGCUCUAUUGCACAAUUACAAAAUUACCCAUGGAGAUUAUUCGAUGGCCGAAUCCUCGCGAAAUGGCAGAGGAUUUUCCUCGAGGGAAACAUGCGGUUCACCAGCUAGAUUAUGCAAAACGAGGUACAACACUACGGCACCUAUGUACGGAGUCAGUUUAACCAGCGGCCAACCUGUGACAAUCGUGCAAAAAUUCCCUGAUCUUUUGCAGCAAGUUGUAUUCGAAGUUUGCGAAUCAAAAGAGUGCGAUGUAGUCCACGGUGAGUGCACGCAGACAUACGUGCCAUACCUGUUCCUGGUGAUUCCACUUGGACCGGUGACCUUGACCGGUCAAGAUUACGUUCUGGUCGAGAGUGGUUGCGUGUGCAAGCCGAGAAAUUCGGCGAGCGCCAUGUCCGAGCCUCCGGCUGUUCCAAGCUUUUAAACGUUCGUCGAACUCUAGCGAUCGACAUCGAGCGCACCUUUACACCUCUGCGCUGGAGGACAUACAGCUCGAGAUCCGUGUCGAAUGUGACGAAUCGGUGGAAGGUGACCCGAAGCUCGAACAACCUCGCCGAGGAACCUAGUAACCUCUUUGACGAAGCUAGCAAAGGAUGCUGAAACCAGUAUUGAAGUCGCUAGAGAAUUGAUUUCUCGAGAGAAAUCUAGAAUAUGAACAAUUUUCCCUGCGUAUGCAGUACAUCUUUCUUCCGCGACGGAAUACUAACUUUUACCGUGGAUCAGCUUCUCUAGUUUGUCCGAGGUGUCAUGUCACGAUUUCCACGAGGAGCAGCUUUCUAUUAAAGCUGAAGAUUCCUUUCGUUGCGAUCUCGAAUAUUUCGUGAAAUUCAUCGUAUAGAUAAUUUAGACGUCAAAGAAAAGACUCUUUUAUCAUGAAUCAUUUAUAACAGGGAUUCAGUCGUACAUCGGUAUCGAUUAUAAAAUUCGAUUAUAAAAUUUAUAUUUCAUAAUAUUCAUUUUGUAUUUUUGUCGGUUUCUUUAUAAAAAAAAGAAAUAGUUUCAAAGAAACAACAGUAAAAAGUUCGUAGUUCGAAUAAUGGCGCGACCCCUUUAUCAUCGUUUUUCUUGAAGU